UUUGUUUCCAGGGCUCUUCAGGGCUUUGCCCAGAGGCCGGAACCUAGGAAACCAGGAGGGCACCUGGGGAGCCAAGAGACCUAAGGAUUUCGUUGGCAGAAACAUAUCCCAACCAGGAGCAGGGGGCAUGGACCACAGUGAGGGGUUCAUCCAAGCCCCAGCCGGUACCACGGUGCCUCAGGAACUGCUGGAAGAAAUGCUUUGGUUUUUUCGGGUGGAAGAUGCAUCUCCUUGGAAUUAUUCCAUCUUUGCCCUGGUGGGCGUGGUGGGCGUGAUAAGCUUUGUCCUCCUGGGAAGGAGCAUCCAGGCAAAGAGAAAUCAAAAGCUCCUGGGGAAAAACAAACCAGAACUCCAAGACUUGGCUGAGGCUGAAACCAGAGAUGACAAUAACCUGAACAUCCUAAAAGAGACUUUGCUCUCAGAAAAGCACAAUUUAGCCCAGGUGGAAAUUGAGUUAAAAGAGGGAGAUGCGUCACUGGUUCUCCUUCCAGACCCACAAGAAUCGGAGACCUAGUAAGAAUUCAGAGCCCUGCCCCAUGGUGCCAGCAGAUAAGAUGAACGAACUGCAAUCAAACUAAUAUUCUGUUAUGGGAUGGGGGAGAAGAAACACUUUU